AUGGAGAAAUUACAAGAGUUAAUCAGAGAUAAUGCACAGGCCAUUCAAGUUCAGAGAGCGAUAGCUGAGGAGAAUUCGGGAAAUAUCCAGAGUUUACAAGGUCAAAUGGCGGUGUUGUGUUCACAAUUGACAGAGUUGAAAGAAAUGCUGAAUAAUAGAGGAAUGGAUCGAGAUAGAAAUGGGGAUUCCAGAUUUGUUCGAUUGGGACGAUUAGAUUUUCCUAAAUUCAAUGGUGAGGAUGUCGAAGGCUGGAUAUACAAAUGUAAACAUUUCUUUACAAUUGAUAAGACACCAGAGGCACACAAGGUACAAAUUGCUGUAAUCAAUUUAGAAGGUGCUGCAUUACAAUGGCACCAAUUGCAUGUUAAUAGUCAAAACCGAGUGGUGGAAGAGAUGAAUUGGGCAGAUUACGAAAGAUCCAUAACCAAUAGAUUUUCAACACGGUUAUCUGAAGAACCGAUGGAAGACCUAAAGAAUUUGCAACAAACAAGUACUUUACAAGAAUAUUGUGAAGCUUUCGAUGCUUUGCUUUAUAGAGUCGUAUUGUGUGAAGAAUAUGCUGCUGGUUUGUUCAUAGCAGGAUUAAAGCCUGAGAUCAGAUGUUUGGUGAAAAUUUUCAAACCAAAGACAGUUCGAGACGCAAUUGCCAUGGCCAAACAACAAGAAGUCGUUUAUUCUACCUUGUUUGGGCCAAAAGAAGUCAAGAAAUGGUCUGGUUCCACUACAAGUACUAUGUCUUCCACUAGUACGUCAUUCAAAGGUAGCAAUCAGCCUUUAACAACUUCAAAUAGUUCAUUCAAGGCUACUAAUACUAAUGCCUUAGCAUUACUACCCACACCUGUAAAUAAAACAGCCAAACCUAUUAGAAAGAUACCAACAAAAGAAGCACAAGAAAAGUUAGCCAAGGGGGAGUGUUUUUGGUGCCCCGAGAAGUAUACAUCUACCCACAAUUGCAAGUUUAAGCAACUGUAUUCUCUCCAUAUUGAGGCAGAUGAUGAAGGGUGUGAGGCAACGGAUAUGAUUAAUAUACAAGAUCUGUCAAUGGAGCCACAAAUUUCACUGAAUGCUUUAAUGGGAGUACCUUCUUUUAAUACUAUGAAAGUGAUUGGUUGCAUAGGUACAAGACAGUUGCAGAUCUUAAUUGAUUCUGGGUCAACACACAAUUUUUUAGAUUCUGAAUUGGCUGCCAAGCUGCGAUGCCCUAUGAAAGAGGUAACCUCAAUGCCUGUUAUAGUUGCUGAUGGUAAUAAUCUUCCAUGUACUCGUUUAUGUCAAGAUUUCCAAUGGGUAAUGCAAGGGGUGUGGUAUAAAUCUGAUGUUCUUUUGCUGCCCUUAAAAAACUAUGACAUGGUUCUUGGUAUUCAGUGGUUACAAACUUUAAAUAAUAUCAUUUGGAAUUUUAAGACUCUCACAAUGAAGUUUAAGAUUGGAUCCCAAACUUUUGAAUUAAAAGGGGCUAAACAGUUUCAAUCCAGUUUGAGCUUGUGCUCUAUGGAAAUGAUGGUUAAACAAUUAAAAGCAAAUGGAAGUCAGGCUCAGAUGUGUAGCAUCCAGUUAGAUGGAGCAUUUCAACACCAAGCCAAGGUAAUAGAAGGGCAUGAGUCUGAACAAAUGAAUGCCCUUUUAACUGAGUUUGAUGAUGUUUUUCAAGAACCCAAAAGUUUACCUCCAAAGAGGUCUUGCGACCAUAAAAUUCAAUUGAUUAAUGAGAGUGCGGUGAUCAAUCAAAGAGCCUAUAGAUACCCUAUAGGCCAAAAAGACGUGAUUGAGAAAAUGGUUCAAGAAAUGAAAGAUCUAGGCUUUAUUCGAGAUAGUGUCAGCUCAUUUGCUUCCCCUGUGGUUCUUGUUAAAAAAAAAAGAUGGAUCAUGGAGGUUAUGCGUUGA